CCCUCCCGCUCACACCCCCUAUCCUACCACCGCCCCCUCCUCCUGACCUCCACCACCACCCGGCAGUCUCUCCUAACCUGGUUCGAGACGGUGCACACCGCGCGCAACAUGCCCUGGCGGAAACCCUUCAUCAACCCCAACCCCUCCUCUUACCAUGACCAAGACCCCCUCAAACUGCGGUCCCGACUCGCCCAACGCGCCUACGAAGUCUGGAUCUCCGAGAUCAUGCUCCAACAAACCCGUGUCAGCGUGGUCAUCGACUACUGGACGAAAUGGAUGGCGCGGUGGCCGACUAUUUCUGAUCUAGCCGCUGCGCAGCUUGAGGAGGUGCUUGAAGUGUGGGCUGGGUUGGGGUACUACUCGCGCGCGAGAAGGGUGCAUCAGGCGGCGAGAAUGGUUUGUGGGCAUGGUUCUGAGUCUGAGACUGGGAUGAAUGGGGUGCUGCCGAGUAGCGUGGAGGUGUUGUGCAAGGUGCCAGGGGUGGGGAGGUACACUGCGGGCGCGAUCGCGGCGAUUGUGUUUGGCCUGCCGGAGCCCAUGGUGGAUGGGAAUGUGCUAAGGGUGCUGAGUCGGCAGAUGGCGGUUUUGGGGGAUGUGAAGGGGGAUAGGAAGGUGGUGGAGGUGCUGUGGGAUGCCGCGGGGGAGUUGGUUAAGGCUGUUGCGAGGGAUGAGGACCCGGAAGGAGGGCCAAGUGAUAGGCCGGGAAGAUGGGGCCAGGCGCUGAUGGAGCUGGGGAGCACCGUCUGCACGCCAAAGCCGAACUGCGGGAAGUGUCCGAUUACUGAGACGUGUCGGGCUUAUGGGGAGGGUUUGGCGUUGGCUAAGGGAGAGAGGGAAUGUGGAGAGGUGAUGGACAUUGAGGAACUUUGCGAUCUUUGUUCGUCUUUUGAAGGGCAACAUGAGCUGGAUGGAGGGAAGAAGACGGUGAUCAGGUCGAAAAAGAGCAGCAAACGAGCGACCCGAUCGCGAUUCUUUGCAUCGACCGGCCGAUCGGAGCACCCAUCCGAAGAAAUGCUUGGAACUGCGGUUAAUCACGCAAGCAAGUUUCCGCUGAAGAAGCCCAAAAAGACGAUUCCCGAACAGGAGACUCUUGUCUGCGCCAUACGUGGCCCAGAUGGCAGGUUCUUGAUUCACAAACGACCAGACAAGGGGCUCCUCGCAGGGCUAUGGGAAAUGCCUAGCUGUGUUCUUCCAGACUCGAACGUCAGCGCGGCCAAGAGGAAGAGAAUGGCCAUGUCAUACGCUUCGAGCCUUGUCACCACGAAAGAAGCCAAGGGAACAAACCCUCGGCCAGCCCCGGCGCUCAGACAUCUUGGAGAACUUGGAAGCAUCCCCUGGCAGUUUUCGCAUCUUCGGUUGACCAUGCACGUCCACCUUUUCGACUUAGAUGAUACUGCUAAACCGGGGAAGCCAGUCUUUGAGCUGGACGCACACCAAAGAUGGGCUUCGCAGGAGGCCCUCGUAACGAUGGGAACGGGUAUGAAGAAGUGCUGGUCGCUUGUAAAACAGAGCAUA